GGAUUUUCGGGACACCAAGAAUACGUGAAAUCAAAGUAUUUAGUUGUGGUGUGAAAAUUAUGCGUGCUGGUGAAUGGGGCGGACAGGAUCCAAUCAUUAGGAACCGAAACAACAAUAUCUGUAUUAAACCCAGUGUGUCUGCAACAACAACUGGGACCCAUGCAAUAUCCUCAGAAACAUCACCACUAACCAGGAUCUUGAAUCGGGUAUCCAAUCCCUCUGUUAAGGAACCCAGUGUGUCUGCAACAACAACUGGGACCCAUGAAAUAUCCUCAGAGCCUUCACCACUAACCAUGAGCUUGAAUCGGGUAUCCAAUCCCCCUGUUAAGAAAUCCAGUGUGUCUGCAACAACAACUGGGACCCAUGCAAUAUCCGCAGAAACAUCACCACUAACCAGGAUCUUGAAUAGGGUAUCCAAUCCCUAUGUUAAGGAAGCUGGUCCACAGUCAUUGCUCAGUGAUGUGGCAACUGGAUUUUUGAUUUGGGCAGUAACAGUUACAGCCCUAAUAAUAUUUUAUGGGCUACGGAAACUUGUCAAGUUUUGGAUAAAUCGCUGCUGCCCAGCACUUAACAUUUCUGAUAUGCAUUUGCUGUCACCAUCAUCAUACACAACUUCAGCAGACACAGACACACCUCAGCAACCUAGACAACAAGCCCCCGCUCCUCAGCCGGGACAACAAGCCCCCAUUCCACAGCCGGGACAACAAGCCCCCGCUCCUCAGCUGGGACAACAAGCCCGCAUUCCACAGCCGGGACAACAAGCCCCCGCUCCUCAGCCGGGACAACAAGCCCCCAUUCCACAGCCGGGACAACAAGCCCCCAUUCCACAGCCGGGACAACAAGCCCCCGCUCCUCAGCUGGGACAACAAGCCCCCAUUCCACAGCCGGGACAACAAGCCCCCGCUCCUCAGCUGGGACAACAAGCCCCCAUUCCACAGCCGGGACAACAAGCCCCCGCUCCUCAGCUGGGACAACAAGCCCCCAUUCCACAGCCGGGACAACAAGCCCCCGCUCCUCAGCUGGGACAACAAGCCCCCAUUCCACAGCCGGGACAACAAGCCCCCGCUCCUCAGCUGGGACAACAAGCCCCCAUUCCACAGCCGGGACAACAAGCCCAGUAUUCUCCACCAAAUACUAGAAGCAAAACAGCAAAAAAGAAACUAAUGUUUGAAAGCAAGUCAUAGGUUUUCGUGCUUUUAUUGAUGGGAUGAUUUUUCUUGGUUUUUGUUUAAGAUUUAAUAUUUUGAUGAAUGUGUAGGCUGUAGUU